GAUGUCUUCUAAUAUCGCAUUCCCUUCACCUGUCGGUGGUGUGCCCUUUCCUUCCGAUUUUGCACCGUCUGUCCUAUUUGCUGUGCUAUAUGGCUUACUUGUUCCCGUGAUGGCGUACCGAGUCGCGAACAAGAAGUCUCGCACUUUCUUGCUUGUGGGAUCAAUCACGUUUUCCAUAGAGAGGAUCGUCCUAUUCUCUCUCAGAGCUGUGCAGGCCCAUAGUUCUUCAAGGAGGGUGUCGAUGGGUCUCACAGCUUAUAUGCAAUCCACCCUCGGUCUAGGAUUCAUCGGGGUCGCGCAAGACAUCACAAAUCUUCUCCGAUGUCUUCUCGUCAACACCACACUACCAAUGGAUCAUCCAGAUAACCCAAGUUCCUCUUCUGAGGCCAUGGCAGCUACUUCGUCGGU